UUUUUUAAUUUUUUUUUUAAGCUCUCUAAACUUUUCAAUAUACAUUUUAAUUUUUUUUUUAAAGUUUGGGAGUAUUUUUGGCAUAAACUAGAAAGAUGAUGAGCUUUUUUUGUUAUAAAAAUGUGUAAAACAAAAGAUAGCAUAAGAUAGAAGUGAAUUAGAAAUUAAAAAAAAAAAGUAGGAUUUUCAUUGUAUAAUAGGUAAUGAUUAGAUAGUUACAUUCAUCCAAUGAAUUAUUUUUAUUUUUUCGUUGUAAAAGAUACUAUUUUUCUUUUUUAAUUAAAGUUGUUUAAAAACACAAAUCCAAUUAUUAGUAAUUAUUGGGUCAAUUCAGAUAAAGAUAUCCACCAAAUUCCAGCCAUGUUCUUGUUUUGCUCCAAACAUCACAUUAUCAUUUCCAUUUCCAUUUCCAUUUCCAUUUCUAUUUCUGUUAUGAUAAGAAAUAACUUAAUUGAAGCUCAAGUAAUGGAAAUGGAUCCUAAUUUCGACCAAUCCCUUCUCCCCUUCGGCUCAGUGGCGAAUACCGGUGUUGGUUUCAUCAAAAGCUGUGGUUCAAUUCCACAAGACAGUUUCUUAACUUUCACUGUGCUCAAUAACUGCCCCUACACAGUAUGGGCUGCAGCUAACCCCGGCGGUGGACGACGUCUUGACACAAACCACACUUGGCUCUUAAAAUUACCCUCCCGCACAACAGGAAGAAUCUGGGGCAGAAACAAUUGCAAGUUUGACAAUUCAGGGCAUGGAAUUUGCGAAACUGGCGAUUGCGGCGGCAAACUUGAAUGCCAAACCUACGGCUCACCACCCAAUACUUUGGCUGAAUUUUCGUUAAACCAAAUCAACAACUUGGAUCUCUUUGACAUAUCUCUAGUGGACGGGUUCAAUAUAGCAAUGGAAUUCAAACCCAUGUCUAAGGGAUGCAGCAAGGUCGUAGGUUGCACCGCUGACAUCAAUGGGCAGUGCCCGCAGGCCUUGAAGGCUGCCGGUGGAUGCAACAACCCCUGCCAAGUCUUCAAAACGGAUAAGUAUUGUUGCUUUGCUGAUAGGGACAAUUGCGGGCCUACAGAUUAUUCCAAGUUUUUCAAAGAUAGGUGUCCUCAUGCUUAUAGUUACCCAACGGAUGACGCAACCAGCACAUAUACCUGUCCCUCCACUGCUGCCACUGGCUACCAGGCAACCAAGUUUUGCAAGCGAUUUGGGAUUUCCAUUUCCUACUAUAGGUUUCAUCUAAGGCUGUAACUAAAGAGAUGAAAGCAGAUUAUCUACAAAGCAAAACUCAAUGAAGCCUCUCUCUUCCCAUAUGUAUAUCUAUCAAUUAGGCUCAAAUCAUAGGCCAUGAACAAGCUCAUCUUCAAUCUAAAGUCUAUAGAGUAUAUCUAAAGGUUAUGAGAACAAAAUAUGCAUAAUUCAACUAUAAUAUAGUGUUUAUACACCUCGAGGUUAUAGGAUUGAUUUUCCAACCACACAUAUGUUUUAUAACAAAAUAGAAAUAAGAAAUUUAUGGAAAACCCAUACAAUUUAUGGUCGUCAACAAUUUGCUUUGUUUAUAUUUCUAAAUGAUUAUUUUGUUAAAGAUUAGCAUAUAAAGUCAUCGUUGUCAGAAUAAUGGUAUGAAAAUAUUUGGGUAGGGUUAGAAUGGCCUGUUGUGUUAUUUUCUUUUUAGUUCUCAGAUACUUUUUAUAUAGACUUUAGCUUAUAGAUUAUUAUAAAGUGAAAAUUUGUUUAUUGUUAACUCUAUUUUCUAUAGUCAGUUCCAGCUGUAAAGGCUUUGGCCUGGGAUACAAAAUAGGAAUCUCUUAUAAACUAUAACGAAUCCCACACCGUUAAGGAUCAACAUUAUGAUAUCCUAUAUAUACAACUUAACGCAAUCUAUAAACCGUCCCUUCGGGGACAUCCGAUAAAAUUGGAACGAUACAGAGAAGAUUAGCAUGGCCCCUGCGCAAGGAUGACACGCACAAAUCGAGAAAUGGUCCAAAUUUUUU